AUGGCUUUGCCUCAGGGAUCCCUAGCCAGCUUCCGCGACCUCUCAUCAAAAUUCCUCGACCAUUUCUCCGCGAGAGCGAUCGAGGAUCUGUUUGAUAUUCGGCAGGGGGAGCGUGAAACCUUGAAACAGUAUAUGAAGCGAUACAGUGCCACGUCCGCGAGGUUCGAAGAAUUGGAGCCACGCGUGUGCGUGUGCGCUUUCAAAGGCGGUCUGCCCCAGGGAAAGUUUAGCUGCGAACUGAGUAGGGAGCUAGCAUGCUCAAUGACGGAAGUCCGCGCCCGAGCGCAAGACUACAUCCUAGAAGAGGAAAUGGAGGCGCACAAGAGGAAGCACGAGAGGGCAGCGAAGGUGUCGCUGGCGAGGAAACAUAUACAGGAUGAGGAAGCGAGUCACGAGCAGAGGGUCAAGGAAGCUGGCCGAUUUGUUAAGAAAAACAAGGGAGGGCUAUCCAGUUCGGGAAGAAAAAACGUAGGGUACCGGCGCUCUCGGCGAAUAGCUGAAACGAGCCGGCGAAUGAGACCGAAGGGACGCUCAAGUAAGGAGUUGACAAAAUUACUUUUGGAAGUAGGGAUUGAGGACAUGGACAGGGAAGGCGAGUGCAGAAUGGAUCCAGGGUACGUGGCGAAGGAUCAGCCCAAGUGGUGUGAGUACCACAACUUGGAAGGCCAUAGCACCACUGACUGUUUCAUGCUGAAGGAUCAAAUCAAGCAGCUAAUCAAGGCGAGACAACCACGGGCGGCGAGGAGGAAGGAGGCUAAGGAAACUGACAGCAGCGAGGGCAAAGGGACGGUUGAAACGGCUAACACGAUUGCUGGGUGUUUCGAGGGUGGCGACGGCGUAUCGACAGCAGCACGAAAGCAAGUAGGGGUAACAGCAUCAGUGCAAGAGUAUCCAGCCCCAUUUGGGUGCCAACACCCAGACAUAGUAGUGUCGUCCGCGGAUUUUGAGGGAAUCAAGGCCCAUAUAAACAACCCGUUGGCGGUAAUGGUAAGAAUUAAAGGUUUCAAUGUGCAAAGGGUGCUCUUGGACCAAGGCAGCUCGGCAGAUAUAAUCUACGGGGUCGCAUUUGAGCAGUUGGGACUGACAGACAAGGAUUUAAAGCCAUACACAAGAAACCUGGUAGGUUUCUCGAGAAAGCAAGUUCAGGUACGCGGCUGUGUGGAGUUGGACACAGUUUUUUGA